AGUGUCAAGUCGUGUUUUUGUCGAUUCUGUCGGAUUCUGUUCUGUGGUUCUGUCCUGUUUCUGUUUUGUGAGUUGUGUUGUGAGUGACUUCUGUGUUUCUGUUCAUUGAAUAAUUUAACAUCUCAACAUGCAGUAUUCAGUAAAAUUCUAGAUAUUGGGUAUAAUUAUGUUAAAUAGUUAUCAAAUUACUUAUAUCAGGAUUUAGAGUUAAGUGACACAUCAUGAAUUAAUUAGUAAUAAAAAAAAUUAGUAAUCAUAAAUUUGAUCUUCCAAACUAUUGUUUUUGUUUUGUUGAGAUAACCUCUUGCAAGUUGCAAGGUGUAAAACGCGCUUCUUCUGUGGCUAUUUCAAGAAUUUCAAAUGUUCUUCCGUCUAUUGUGUAAUUUAAUUUCAAACUAUUAGAAGAUCCUUUUAAAAUGGAUUUUGAGUUGUAUCACAAAUAUCCCCCGGGGGAUCCUACCCUAGUUGAAAAAAUUGUAUGUCAUUUAAAAGCCCAAGGGAUAUUUGAUAACUUCCGUAAAGAAUGUUUGUCUGACGUUGAUACAAAGCCUGCUUAUCAAAAUCUACGACAGCGAGUUGAUGGAUCUGUUGCUGGCUAUCUUUCUGCUUACAAAUGGAGACCUGAUCUCAACAAAAAUCAGCUGAGAGAGAAUUUAAGGAAAUAUAUUCAAAAUGGAGGCUUCUUGGAAGUUGGAGUUGAGAGGAUUGUCGAUCAGGUUGUCAAUCCGAAAAUCGGACAAGUCUUCCUACCGAAGGUCAGAGAAGUGGUGUUGGAAGGAUUGGGAUUGAAGAAGGAUCGUGACAGAAAUUCUUCUGAUAGACCAGCAAGUUGCAGUUACAUGCCAUCAUCAACAUUCACAAGUGCCAGCAUUCCCAAUCAAACAGAUGACUCGAAAGGAACUGUCGAGUUGGAUAAAGAGCUGGUAUCGUCCAAUGAAUCUGAGGUGAAAAAAGAAGAUAAUGGAUCUGAAAAUGUAGUACACAGUGAGGAGGUUGUUACAUCGCAAGUGGACUCUGAACCCGAAUGUGUAAUUGAAGAAGCAGUCAUUCCUUUGGAUAAUCUGAAUGAGACUCAGAGCAACGAUUCGUAUGAAAGCCACAUCUCUGGUAUGUCCGAUCUGACCAGUGUCAAGUCCAACAACUCUUGUGAUGAUGAUGAUGAUGACAAUCCUUUGAAUACUGAUGCUGAGAAAGAGAGAGAACAUGACGCGGAUAAUAUUGCUGGAUCAAUGACCAGCGUCAAUGGAGGUGGUGACAAUUCACAGAAUGAAAGUAAUAUGCUUUCCAACGUUAAUUAUGAGGGAGCAUUCUCUGAUUUCAGUUUCUCAACAGAAUUCACUACCCAUGUAGAGAAUAUUGAAAUUGAAACCGGUCAGAUUGGUACAACAGAAGUUGAAUGUGUUACAACGGAAAAUAACGAAGAAGAUAACGACAGAAUGUCUCCUAAUGUUAUUACUGAAAGUAUUCAACCAAACUAUGACUCGGAUAGCAAUGGUAAAUACGAGGAAUCGCAGCAAUUGACAGAAAUUGAAUAUGACAGCGUUUCUGAUAAAGGAGACGAGGAUGAAGAUGAGAAUGUUUAUGAUGAGAGUUCAAGAGGCUUAAACUCUGAUCACAAAGAAGAAAGUCAUUUUGAAGAAAGCCAGUCGGAAACUGAUGUUGAAAGAUUGGAUAGCACGUCAAAUGAAAUCAAGUUUUCUGAAAACACAAACUACUUUGAUGAUAGCAAAUUAGAAAAGAGCAGUGAAGACGAAAGCUAUAAUAGAAGUAGCCAUGACGAAAAUGAAGAGUUGGAGAAAGAAAUUACUUAUAAAAAAGACAAAGAGAGAAAACAUCACUCAAAGCACAAGCAUACCAAGAAUCAUCAUUCUAAUAGUAGCAGUGGAGAAUCAAGAGAAGAUCGUAAACAUAGAAAAUCAUCUCAUUCUAAAGAUAAACACAGGCAUAAUAGAGAUUUUGAUAAGCACGGUUCUAAUGGUGAGGACAAGUCACGAAGAACUGAUUCCAAACAUAGAAGGUCGAGAGGUUGUGAAGUAGAAGAACAAGAAGAAGCAACAUCUACUUAUAUUCAAGAAGAGACGAGUAGAAGUGGUUCUGAUAAGAAGAGUAAAUAUUCAGAAAAAGUCAGCAGACGUUCUCAUAAAUCAAGGUAUAGUCAUUCAAGAGACUAUGAAGAUGUAAUUGCAGGAAGUUAUGAGGAAGAAGAUGAUGAGACAAAUGAAUAUCAAGAGAAGGUCAAAUAUUCUCGUAAAGAUAAAAAGUCAAAAGACCGUAGAAAGACUUCUAGAGAAAAGAUUUAUGAUUCUGAAUUUGAAGAAACAGCAUUCGAUCACGAAGAAGCAAGUAGGAGCGAAUCUGAUGAAAACAAAGUUUAUAAAGAAACUCUUAAUUAUUCACAAGAAGAAAAUUAUACUCGUACAAGAGAUAGCAAAAAGGUAUUAGAAGAAGAAUAUGAAUACGGAGAAAUAACGACUGAUCACGGGGAAGAAAGCAGAUGCGAAUCUGAAGAGGAAAUUAGAUAUAAAGAGAAAGAUAAAUUUUCUCACAAACAAAAGCAUAUUCGUUCAAGAGACCGCAAAAAAGCGAACGAAGAUCAUUAUAAAUAUGAAGGAAUGUCGUCUGAUCAAGAAGAAGCAAAUAAAAGCGAAUCCGAAGAAAUAAAUGUUUACAAGAAAAAAGUAAAAUAUUCUCAUGGAGAAAAGCAUACCCGGUCAAAGGACCGUAAAAAGUCGUCAAAAAAAGAAACUCUUGAGUAUAGAAAUGAAAUAUCAAAGUUUGAUCACGAAGAACAAAGCAAAAGCGAAUCGGAUGAGAAAAAUGUAUAUAAAGAGAAAAACAAAUAUUCUUACGAAGAGCCACAUUGCCGUUCAAGGGUCCGCAGAAAAACUUUUAAAGAAGAUUUUGUAUAUGGAGAAAUAACGUCUGAUCACGAAGAAUCAAGUAGAAGUGAAUCUGAUGAGAAAGAUGUAUUGAAAGCAAAUAUAAGAUUUUCUCAUGAAGAAAAGCUUACUCGAUCAAGGGAUUAUAAAAAAGCUACAGAAGAUGAGGAGCAAGAUUUUGAAUAUGAGGAAUCGAAAUUUGAUAAAAGCGAGUUUGAUGAUGAAGAGAAUGAGUAUGAGGAAGGGAUACGGACCAAGAAAGAAAGGUCUAGUCGUUCAAGACGCCAUAAAAGUGCAGCAGACAAAAAGCUCGAUGAAGAUGAUCAAGAAGAAACAAAACGUGAUCGUAAGGAAAAACGCAGACGUUCACAAAAGGGAGAGUCCAAAGAGGAUUCCCAUAGUGACCAGUAUGAAAAAGCAAUUUUUGAUCAGCAUGAACCAAAUGAAAGCGAAAUUGAUGAGAAAAAUAACUACCAAGAAGAUAAUUCCCAUAAAGAAAGACACAGCCGAUCAAGAGAUCAUAAAAAUGUAUUCAAAGAAAAGACUCAAGAUGGUAGUCACAAGCAGAAAAGGGAAGGGCAAAGUCAUCACAGAAGUGAUUCCGAUAAGGAGAAGCACUAUUCUAGUAGCAGAAGUAAACACAGCACAAGUGAAGAUGAUGUGAAAAAGGGAAAGAGUCAUAAGUCCAGCUCUAGCUUUGGAGAACAUAAAUCUUCUCAUCAUAGGUCAAGCAGAGAUAAGCAUGCAACUAAAGAAUCGGAAAAUUAUGAUCUAGAAGAAAAACAUAGAAUCAAAGAUGACAAGGUUAGGAAAGAUAAGGGUAGCAGUAGAAAGAAGAGAGAAUCUUGUAAACCAGCCGACAAAAGUAGGGAGCACCGUCGAUCUGCUGAUAGGGACAGAGACAGCAGCGGCGCUGGAGAAAGCCGCAGUCAGGUGGGUGCGGGUGCGGUCGCGGGUGUGUCACACAACAGUAACACCAAACAAACCAGAUCUACAGGGAAAGGAUCGAAAAACAGCUCGACUAGUGAUGCUACACAGCUGCAACAGUCACAACUCUUUUCUACAAACAUUAAUCAGGGAGAAUGUGUGGAAGCAGUAGUGCAGCCUUCAUUUUCAACCUUAGAUUCGCUAAUGAACGACAGUAGAAUUCAUCUUGCUGAUAAUGUGGUGGUUACUGCUAAUGAAAUUGUUUCUGAAUCAGAAGAAAAUACGCAAAUCUGCCAAGAGAAAACUGAAGAUGAAGCUGGAGGAAAAACUGAAGAUGAAGCUGGAGGAAAAACUGAAGAUGAAGCUGGAGGAAAAACUGAAGAUGAAGCUGGAGGAAAAACUGAAGAUGAAGCUGGAGGAAAAACUGAAGAUGAAGCUGGAGGAAAAACUGAAGAUGAAGUUGGAGGAAAAACUGAAGAUGUUGAUUCCAAGGAACAAAACAAGCAUAAUCGAGAGGUUCAUGAAAUGUCAACAGGAGAUAUUGGCAAGAAAAAUACCGAAGAAGAAUCCCAAGCUUCUAAGAGUAAAUUGUUCCAACUAGAUGAUUUAAAUCCCUCUAUAAUUAAUCCAGCCCCAAAUACACAAGAAAUAAUUCGAAAUAAGGAGAACUAUGAGGGUCAUGAGAAACUCAUAUCAGAUUAUCAGGUUGUUGGUGAAGAUAUUGUUGUGCUGGGCAAUAAUUCAGAUGUUCAACAAGAUGAAGAGUCCAACAGACUUCAGGGAAAUGAAGGAAUCAAUCCUGAUCAUCAAAAUUUAGAGACUGUUGUCUCAACUCAAAAUAUUGAAACUCAGCUUCCCAAAGAUGACCAAAAGAAAUUCAGAAAGAAGAGAUUUGCUGCGAAUAUAGCAGAAGUACGGAAAAUAAUGAGAGAACGUAGACGGAAUGAGAAAAUUCAGAAGAAACGUUCAAGUGUAGAAGACUCAGCUGCGAAUGAUCACCCUUCCAUCACAGAUCCGAGUAUUGAUAAUCAAACUCAGAUGCAGAAACAUGAUAUUGAUGAAAUCGAGACAACUGUUGAGAGUAAUAAAGAUAUUUCAGUACCAGACCUAACUGAAUCUAGUUUCGAAAACAGUGCCGGAUGUAUUCAAGGAACUUCAUGUAAUAAUGAUGUCCUUCCUUUGCCGCAAAAUGAAUUAAAUAACUUCAAGUAUAAACGUCCAAAAUUUGCUGCCAAUAUUUAUGAAGUCCGUAAAAUAAUCAAGGCUACUGUUGUUGCAAACUCAAAUGAAUCAGAAACGAUAGAUUCGACAAUUGAUAUGACUAGUGCUGGUUCAUGCGAUUUAAAUGAACUUGAGAACUUUAUUCUGGAAAAAUUGGAAUCCAUAUCUAAAGCUAUCGAUGUUGAAAUUUCAAAUGAAUCAGAAACAAUAGAUUCGACAUACGAUACAAGUGAUUCUGGUUCAAAACCAGGCGAUUCAAAUGAACUUGAUGCCAUCUUAACUCUGGAAAAAUCAGAAGCCAAAUCUGAAGUUAUCGAUGUUAAAAAUUCGAAUGAAUCAGAAACAAUAGAUUCGACAGUUGAUAUGACUAGUUCUGAUGAAUUACCGAACUCUAUUGACAACGUUCCUGAUUUUGAAAUUGCAACAGAAAAAAAUGGCAUAUUAGAUCAAACGACUCAAAUCUAUUCAGAUAACAAUGCGAAAUCAAUUAAAGAAGUUGAAAAUCUGCCAGCAUCUGUGACCUUAAAUGAAGUUUUAGAAAGCAGUUCACUGAUUACAUUAAAACCAGCUGCCAUCCCAAAGCUUGAAGAGUCGAACUCAGCAACUGAAAGUGACCUAUUUGCUCGGGAAACAUCAAUAUUUGAUUUCUCAAGUCCAUUAAGAGGCUUUGAUGUUGAUUUAAGUGAAAGCUUAUCAACCAUUUACAAUAGAAAAAUUGAAACUUAUUCAAGCGAGGGAUAUGAAGAGAAUGUGCCUUCCAAUGAUUUUGUAGAAAAUGAGAAUGAUGAAACUCAUACUUUCAUAAGUUUUGAUCAGAGGGAAACCGAAAUUGCUAAAGAAAAACUUGAAAAAUUAAAAAAAUGCUUGGAAGUUUAUGAAAAGGAAUACAAAAGUUUGAAAUAUUUGGAGAAAACUGAACUCGUUACUUCUGACUUUUUAUUAGACAAACAAUUUGAUUCUUAUUUGGAGAAAGAGUGCGGCUUGCAAGUGUUGCGAAAAGAUUGCAUUCGUCUUCCUCCUUUAAAUGAUGAAAAUUAUUAUUUGGAUGAAGAGGAUGGUUGCUAUCAUCUAAAGAACAAACCGAUCGAUAGUAGUAAAGUGAGGAAGGAGAAUAUGGAAACCUUAGUUGAGCAAAUCGAAGUCUCGCGACCUGUUCAAAGUAGCGAGAAAAAAUCAGUGCGUGUUAAAUCAGAAAAGAAGUCACCCGUCAAGCUUCGCAUAUCUAUCCGAAACCCAAAUAGUUCAGCUAUCGAAACCGAAGAGAUUGAUGUACCAUACACUUGGGAUGUUGAAUCUUCAACUGAUGGCUCCACUGCAAGAACUUCUGUCGAUUCUAGGAACAGUGUUGAAGAUGUCGAGAGUGAGCAGCCAACGUCAACUCAUUGCGAUGUCGAGAGUGAGCAGCCAACGCCAACUCAUUGCGAUGUCGAGAGUGAGCAGCCAACGCCAACUCAUUGCGAUGUAGAGAGUGAGCAGCCAACGCCAACUCAUUGCGAUGUCGAGAGUGAGCAGCCAACGCCAACUCAUUGCGAUGUCUCCGCAACCCAGGCCCAGAUUGCAACCCAGGCUCUACAGGCUCAUGUCGAAACAGUUCAACCUUUUACCAAUCAAGUGCCACAUUUGACAAAUCCAAAAAAGAAACGUAGUCGUAAAAGGAGCUUCAAUUCAACUAAUAUAGUCACUCGAGAGUUCAAAAUCAAAACAUGUCCGGAAGCUGAGAACAAUAAUCUUCCGUCCGCUCACUUGAAUUCGUUCAAAAUCACUUUAUCCAGGAAUAAUUCGAAUCUUUCUCGAAUCAUUACACCUCAAUCGCCUUCAAGUCAAAGCAAUAACUUUUCAGCUAACAAAAUUCUCAAUUCGAGCGAUGCAGCUAUACCAAGUGAGAGCGAGAAUUCAUUCGUUGUUGACAAAAGGCACACUAGUAUAACAGAUUCAGUCCAAGAAAGCAGAUGCUCACACUCACCCAAAAAGUGGUUUGACGAAGAUCUCGAUGAUACAGACCAGGGAAUCGAAACAAUAACAGACUAUUUGAACAACAGUUUCGAGGAAGAAGCUGACGAAAGCAUGGCAUCAAAGAUGAUCGGUGAAGCGUUGAAGAAUUUGAUCGCUGAAAGUGGAUUGACGACGAGAACUCAAUCACCUCCCAGUUACCAAGAGACCAAAGAAUCAGCUAGAAUAACAAGACAACAGCGAAAUCGGAAUUCCAUCGUUGAACCGGAAAACACUGUUAGUCCACCAAAGAAACUCAGGAAUAGUGAAAGACUGUCGGCUGGUGUGAAAAUACCGAAACGUUACGAAAACACAGACUUGUACAAACCUCGCUUGGAUUCAGGCAAUCGUCGAAAGCGGAAGGCAGAUGAACCAGCUCUCGACUCUUUGGUUGAUAAUGAACCAAGGAAAAGAAGGCUCAGGGCUACAGUCUGAACUAAAAUUGUGGAGGAAUGGCGGGCCACCAAGGUGGGCCAGAAAUGGAGUCAGCCUUUAUGAAGCUAUUUUUUGUUAGAAUAAAACAAUUAUUUUAGUUCAUAAGUUCAUUAUUCAUUUAUUUGAGAACAAAAUAUAAAUAUUAAAAAAUGUCGAAGAUAUAAUCAUUGAAAAGCUUGAAGAGAAUACUUAUUUUUUGUGAGAAGUUUGCUUUGUUUACCACUUGAAUUAACGCCCAUUUAGGUUUAAAUUUGUUCCCAUGAUUAGGAUUGAUUUUAGAUACUCAUUUGACAAGGCAGAUCUGUAUUUAGAUUUCACAAACUUCAUUUUAGAUAAAGUUUUCGUCUACUUUAGAAUAAAUGACAAGUGAGAGGCAAGCACUGUAAUCAUAUUCAAUAGUAAACAUGCUUCAAAUCUUUCAAAAUUUAUAAAAUAAUAUAUAUACAUUUUUUUACUAUGCUAGCUUUCCGCUAGCCUUAUGUGGCCCGCGGGCCGAAGUUUGGAGACAUCUGUUGUAGACAAUCUAGUCUUCACUAUGCACAUCCAAUUUCACCUCUACAAUUAGUUGAGUGGAUAAGUCCCCGAAACUCUUUCUAAGAUUGUAUUAUAGUUUUCUACUUUUUAUAAACAAUUAUAUACAUCUAAAAAAAGUAUUAAUCAGAAAAUAUUUUUGUUCAAGCUAAGAAUACACUUCACAUUUUUAAAAGUAACUGUUGUUCAAUGCAGUUCCUUACAUCCUUAUUCUAUUAGCAUGUGAUUGUAUUUUGCUAUGACAGACAAGUGAAGCAUGUUUCAAUGAUACUGAACGUUGCUGAAGUUUAUUCUAUGGAUGGAUUUAAAUGGAAAAAAUUUCAAAAUU